AUGUACAAGAACCAGAAUCGAAAAGGAGAAAGAUCGAACAAAAGACCAAAUCUUCGUCGUUGUCUUCUUUUACUAAUUGUGGUCACUUCUUCGUUCGUUACGGAAUAUGCUGCAACUGCAGAUCGACAGUGGAGAGACACGAAGACACGAAGGUCGAUCAUAAGACCUUUUCUUCACGAGUUUCUUAAAGAAGCCAACGAGAUGUUCUCCAUGUAUGUUUACACGAUGGGUGAUCGAGAUUACGCAAAUACAGUGUUGAAGCUGAUUGAUCCAGAGAAAGUAUACUUUGGGGAUCGAGUCAUAACGAGAGACGAGGGUCCUCAUACAAAGACGCUUGAUCUUGUGUUGGCUGAUGAGUGUGGAGUUGUGAUUGUGGAUGACACUCCUCAAGUGUGGCCUGAUCAUAAGAGUAACCUGUUGGAGAUCACUAAAUACAACUAUUUCAGAGACAAAAGAGUGGAGUACACGAAGUCUUAUGCUGAGGAGAAGAGAGACGAAAGUCAAAAGGAAGGAUCGUUGGUGAAUGUUUUGAAAGUUCUCAAAGAAGUGUAUGAAGGAUUCUUCAGCAGAGAAGUUGACAAAAAGUUAGAUAUUGAUUCAAAGGAUGUGAGGCUGUUGCUGCAUGAUUUGUGCACACCACAAUGCUAA